UCAGCCUGUGGACGGGUUCCUGUCCAGUUCGGGCUGGUUUUGUUGUCUCGAAUGUGUCGCCGCGAUUUCUGUUUUUAUUUUUUAAUUAAAACGGAUUUUACUUUAAAUUCCAAAACCUGAGGCGGAAUUUCACAGAAACCCAGUCGAGACCGAGGGGUCUGGUCGCUGUGUUUGUGAAGCCAGGCGAGUCGUGGCUCCCUUACCGUGCCAGGCGAGAGGGUUUCUCUUCAAGGCGAGUCGUGGCUCCCUGACCGUGGGAGCGCUGCCACCCUGGCACUCCAGUAACCCAGAGGGCUUUCCCAAAGUCCUGCCGGAAACAAAGAGCCCCGUUUUCAUUUUGUUUGCGCCGAUAGGACGCUAUCGCGGCCGCGCUUGUUUUGUUUUCGUGUCCCGGUUCAGAGAAAGGGGGCUCACACAGACCCGGUGAUACUGUGUGGCGGGCGGGCGGGUUUGACCGUUUUCUUUGAGGUUCGUUGGAUACGUUUAGCUGUUGCAGUCUCACCACCAUGUCUCUCCACGGCAAGCGGAAGGAGAUCUAUAAAUACGAGGCUCCAUGGACGGUGUACGCAAUGAACUGGAGCGUACGACCGGAUAAACGUUUUCGACUAGCCCUGGGAAGCUUCGUGGAGGAAUAUAACAACAAGGUGCAGCUGGUCGGUCUGGAGGAGGAGAGCUCCGAGUUUAUCUGCAGGAACACCUUUGACCACCCCUACCCCACCACCAAACUCAUGUGGAUUCCUGACACCAAGGGGGUCUAUCCAGACCUGCUGGCCACCAGUGGAGACUACCUCCGCAUCUGGAGGGUGAGUGACACAGAGACCCGCCUGGAGUGCCUGUUAAACAACAACAAGAACUCUGAUUUCUGCGCCCCACUCACCUCCUUUGACUGGAAUGAGGUGGACCCCAACUUACUGGGCACUUCCAGCAUAGACACAACCUGCACUAUCUGGGGCCUGGAGACUGGGCAGGUGCUGGGGAGAGUCAAUCUGGUAUCGGGGCACGUCAAGACACAGCUGAUCGCUCAUGACAAGGAGGUGUAUGACAUUGCGUUCAGCCGAGCGGGUGGUGGCCGGGACAUGUUCGCCUCAGUGGGGGCUGAUGGCUCGGUGAGGAUGUUUGACCUGCGGCACCUGGAGCACAGUACCAUUAUCUACGAGGACCCCCAGCACCACCCCCUGCUGCGGCUCUGCUGGAACAAGCAGGACCCCAACUACCUGGCCACAAUGGCCAUGGAUGGCAUGGAGGUGGUGAUACUGGACGUGCGAGUCCCCUGCACACCUGUCGCCAGGUUAAACAAUCACCGAGCAUGUGUUAACGGCAUCGCCUGGGCUCCUCACUCCUCCUGUCAUAUCUGUACUGCAGCGGAUGACCACCAAGCCCUGAUCUGGGAUAUCCAGCAGAUGCCUCGAGCCAUCGAGGACCCAAUCCUGGCAUACACAGCAGAGGGGGAGAUCAACAACGUGCAGUGGGCCUCCACACAGCCAGACUGGAUAUCAAUCUGCUACAACAACUGCCUGGAGAUCCUCCGUGUCUGAUGCCAGUGACUGGUACCAGGGCGGAGGAAGGGGGGAGAGGGGGGUUGUAGGAGAGGGAAGUUCUUAAAGGGUCAG